AUGCUUAAAGAAACAAUAAAUCGUUUGCUUCAUUGUAAUUUUAAAAUAAUUAUUAAAAGUGAAGGUCGUUGUUUACAAAAAACAAAAGAUUCCAACGAAAAUAAUAAGAAAUUUCAAUUAAUUUUACAAAAUAAUACAAAUUCAAAUAGUAAUGAUGAACAAAUAUCUUUUCCUUUAAUGCAAAUGAAUAAAUUUAAUAAUUAA